AUUUUAAGGACGGCAAAGGAAACUGGACAGAAAAAUGCUGUUCUUUGUCUGCAAUGUUGGCAUCAUAUCUCUGAUUUUAAUAGUUUUCAGCAGACAGUUCUAUUGUUACAUGCCAAUCUUAAUGAGACCGUUGAAAAUGCUGUAGCUCAAAAACCACCGAAGUCUCCUUCAAAUGAUAAUAAUGAUCCAUUGCAAAUUGUUCCCACUAAUGUGAUGAAAAUAAAACCUGAUCCUGAGACGAUUACACCAGAUGAGGAGGUACAAGAACAACAACGCUCACAAAAUGAAGUAAAAUUGGAAACGAAUUUGGAUGCAGCAACAUCAUGUGCAGACUUCGAUGAAAGUAAAUCAUUUCAAAUUGAAAAUGCCAUGACUGACGAUAAUCAUGAAUUUCUAAAUGAAGACGAGGAUGUCGAGGACGAUAGUGAUUAUGAUAAUUCCAUGUUUGAUGAAAUGAAAUUUGAAGUUGGCACUUUAAAUAGCUCCAAUGAUCAGUUACUUGAAUUGCGCGAAACUGGACCAUCCACUAGCAAAAAGCGGAAAUCGAAUAAUAGCCCGUACGACGACGAAGCACACUGUUCCGAUGAUCAGUUACAAUCCCGAGAUGUAACCACAUGUGUGAAAUGCCACAAAACCUUUGUCUAUCGCACUGGAUUGUAUCAUCACCAGAGAAGAUGUCAUCCAGAGAUGUUCACAAAAAUUCGAAAGACCCCUAAAGAAAUCGAUGAAAUCAUAGCCAAAUGGAAGCCCAGCCUCAAUUGUGAAGUUUGUCCGAAGUCAUUUCCCACCUUUACCUUGCUGAAGUCACAUUUCCAGGCUGAACAUCCCAAUCAGGAGUUUUUCGUCUCGUGCUGUGGUCGCAAAUUAAAAUAUCGCUUUCGUGUCGAGGAGCAUGCAGCGAUUCACAUGAACCCCGCGACAUUUAAAUGCAUAUUGUGUGGUAAUUGCUUUAUGUCCAAAAUAAAUCUCAAAAAUCACAUGGAGGUAAUGCAUCCCACGGCCAAAUUAGCUACCGGAGAGGAUGACAACAGUGCAGUAAAGUGUUCCGAAUGUGGGCUAAGUUUUGGCGAUGAAGCAACACUGCAGGAGCAUAAUAAAAUCCAUACUGAAAUAACUGCACAUCACUGUCAAUACUGUAUUCGAUGUUUUGAUGAUAAGUAUGCUUUGGUCCAGCACAUGGCUAGCGAACAUCCAGAUCAACCGAAUUCAAGUACUAUGAUGUUGAAUACGUGUGUGCCAUGCAAGAGAACAUUUGACUAUCGCUCGGGAUUGUAUCAUCACCAGCGGAGGGUUCAUCCGGAAGAAUUCGCUAAACGAAAGAAGAAAAAGAAAAAUCGUCGUAUUCUUCAAUCGGAUCCUUUGAAUUGA